UCAAAUUUGAAGAGUGGAUUGAACAUGCUAGUUACUGCCAUUUUCCCCAAUUUUCCAUCCCCUCCCGAUUCGAUUUGUCGUGUUGUCUCGAAUUCGAUUCUGAAUAGCUGGGAUCUGACACUGAGCCACUCUAUCUCUCGCUGGCUUGCGCGCCUCCAAACCCCCGGCUGUGGGGAAGGCCUCGUCGGAGACCGCAGCAAUGUCUUCCGCGGCGGGCGCGCCGCCAGAUGAAGGGGGGGAUCGUCCAUGGCAGUCGUACCACACCGCCUACACCAACGCCAAAGCGGGGAUGGAGGGAGUUGACAAAGAGAAGGUGCAGAAGGUAAUCUAUGAAAUGAGCAAGGGUUCAAAAUAUUUCGAAAAUGAGCAGCGGAAGGAGGCAUUGACCAAACAAAAGAUUGAACAUCUGCGUGCACAGCUUGCCACACUUACUGAUAAUGACAUAUCACAUUUUAAGAAGGUUGCUGAAAAGAAAAUGUUAGAGUUGGAAGCUUCACGAGAUCUUUCAAAGAUAUGGCUUCACACUGACAUGGAUGCCUUUUAUGCUGCUGUUGAGACAUUGGACAAUCCAUCCUUGAAUGGAAAACCAUUGGCAGUCGGUAGCAUGUCUAUGAUAGCUACUGCCAGUUAUGAGGCACGGAAGUAUGGAGUUCGUGCAGCAAUGCCUGGUUUUAUUGGAUGUAAACUAUGUCCUGGCUUGGUUUUUGUUCCACCAAACUUUGAGAGAUACACUCAUUAUAGUGAGCUGACAAGAGCAGUUUUUCGGAGGUAUGAUCCAAACUUCAUUGCAACAAGUCUAGAUGAAGCAUACCUUAACAUAACCAAUGUCUGCAUUGAGAGAGGCAUUACGGGUGAGGAGGUUGCUACUGAACUUAGGGCCACCAUUCACCAGGAAACUGGUCUAACAUGUAGUGCUGGGGUUGCUCCAAACCGUAUGAUUGCAAAGGUUUGCUCUGAUAUUAACAAGCCCAAUGGACAAUUUAUUUUGCCAAAUGACCGUGGAGCUGUAUUGACAUUUGUAUCAACAUUGCCUAUAAGAAAGAUAGGUGGUAUAGGUAAGGUAACAGAACAGAUGUUACGUCAGGUUCUUGGAAUCAGUACAUGUCAGGACAUGCUGCAAAAGGCUGCUCUCAUAUGUGCUCUUUUUUCUGAAUGCUCAGCUGAUUUCUUUCUUUCGGUUGGUCUUGGAUUAGGAGGUACAGAAACUCCUGAGCAAAGGCAAAGGAAAAGUAUCAGUUGCGAGCGAACUUUUGCCGCAACUAAUGAUUCUUCUUUGUUUUUUGAGAAAUUAGGUAACCUUGCUGAAAAUUUAGCUGAUGAUUUGCAAAAGGACGGCUUGAAGGGAAGGACACUAACACUCAAACUAAAGACUGCAAAUUUUGAGGUUCGUACGAGAGCAGCAACUACACGAAACUACAUCAACUCCAAGCAAGAUAUCCUAGUCUAUGCUAUGAAGUUACUCAAGGCCGAACUGCCUCUUUCUUUGAGAUUGAUGGGGCUGCGGAUGUCCCAGCUUCAUGACGAAAAGGAUGAUUCAUCUACUUCAACACAAAAGACAAUAGAUAUAUUUUUUCGUUUCUCAGACAGUAACUCAAGUGCCAAUGGAAUAAAUGGUCGGAGUAUGGCUAAUACCUCAGGGCGGAAUAAGUGUUCUAUUAGUGUGACAGCAAAGGACGAGUAUUUGGUACAUGAUGCUGGAACUGAUGCUUCCAUGGAUCAACAAGCUUUCUUCACACAUGAUGAGGGCUUUUUCGUACCAGAAGACAGGGGUUUAGUCAAUUAUAGUAACGAGGCUGUCUUAAGCAACAAGCUUAUCUCGGAUGGCUUAGGUGGAUCAAAAUCAGAUGACAUCACAUCCAGUGCAAAGGUUACGCACACUGAGAAGUUCGAUGAGCUUGACCACGCGAGUCGCAAAGCUACAGCUUCGUCAAGUAAACCUGAUCGACAGUUAUGGAUUGAUGGUUACAUUUGUUCGAUUUGUGGAUUUGAACUACCUCCUGGCUUUGAGGAGGAGAGGCAAGAACAUGCAGAUUUUCACUUAGCUGAAAUGCUGCAGCAGGAAGAAGCAGUAGACAGUACAAGACACAUCUCUAAUGAGAGGCUGGCUGAAAGACCAUGCUCUACGACACCCACACCCAAGAAAAAGCUGAAGUCUUCUAAAGAAGGAAAUCAUAUUCCUAUUGAUGCUUUCUUUGCGAGGUGUAAUAAGAGCUUGUAUGUUCCUGUCUCAGAGCAUACGCGAGCAAGAGCGAAAAGGGUAGGGAAGACGGCAGUGAUGCACAGCGGCGUCCACACUCGGCCAGGGCCCCAUCCCCGAAUUCCCUUCCUCCCCGGCGCAGCACUGGCUCCCUCCUCCGGCUGCGGGGUCCCAUGGCCGCAAUCGGGGUUAGGGGCCGCGCUCCACCGGCCGAGGAGCCCCCGCCGCCGCCUCCGCUUCGGACCCCUCGCCGCGGGCGAGCUCUGCAAGCGGGCCCACCAUGAGAAGCUACGGGUUCUUGUGCUGGUAUCAAAAUCCACGCUGCACUGUGAACAUGGUGUUUCACUUCAGAGCGAGUAUGUUGUUCCUGAAGGUGUUAAAGCUGCUGGGUUUCAGAUUUGUGCCGAUGAACUGGCAUCCAUUGUUGAAAGUCGUGACAACAAAAAGUUAACAUUGCAUGGCCAACUGGAUGGAAUUGCAGACAAGUUGGCAACAUCGUUGACUAAUGGGAUUAGUACAGAUGAGUGCAGCUUGAAUCAAAGGCAGGAAAUAUAUGGUUUGAACAAGUUCACAGAGAGCGAGGUCCGCAGCUUAUGGGAGUUUGUGUGGGAAGCACUGCAAGAUACUACUCUUAUAAUUCUUAUAGCCUGUGCUCUCGUAUCACUUGUUGUUGGCAUUGCCACAGAAGGAUGGCCAAAAGGUGCCCAUGAUGGCAUUGGAAUUUUUACAAGUAUCCUCCUGGUUGUUUCUGUUACCGCAACAAGUAACUACCAGCAGUCUUUGCAAUUCAGGGACCUGGACAAAGAGAAAAGGAAAAUUCUUGUUCAAGUUACAAGAAACGGAUUCAGACAAAAGAUAUUGAUAGAUGAUAUUCUUCCCGGUGAUGUUGUGCACCUAGCAGUUGGAGAUCAGGUUCCUGCAGAUGGCCUCUUUAUUUCCGGGUAUUCUGUAUUGAUCAAUGAGUCCAGUCUAACUGGGGAGAGUGAACCUGUUGUCGUAAAUGAAGAUAACCAUUUUCUUUUGUCAGGGACCAAAGUCCUAGAUGGGUCAUGCAAAAUGCUCGUUACUGCAGUAGGGAUGCGAACACAGUGGGGUAAAUUAAUGGAUGCUAUCACUGAAAGUGGGGAUGAUGAAACUCCACUGCAGGUCAAAAUUAAUGGAGUUGCAAACAUUAUUGGAAACAUUGGUCUAUUUUUUGCCCUCUUAACUUUUAUUGUCCUCUCGCAAGAGUUAGUUGGCCAGAAAUACCACGACGGGCUUCUUUUAAGCUGGUCUGGAGAUGAUGUGCUGGAGAUAUUGGAACAUUUUGCCGUUGCAGUUACAAUCGUUGUUGUUGCCGUUCCUGAGGGGUUGCCUUUGGCAGUCACAUUGAGCCUUGCGUUUGCAAUGAAGAAGAUGAUGAAUGACAAGGCACUGGUCCGACAGUUAUCUGCCUGUGAAACUAUGGGCUCAGCCACAGUCAUUUGUAGUGACAAGACAGGAACACUAACAACCAAUCGCAUGUCUGUCGUGAAGGCCUGCGUUUGUGGACACACCAUGAAAGUGAACAAUCCACCAGUGCCUUCUAAUUUUUCUUCCAAACUUCCAGAUGUUGCUUUGGAAAUUCUUCUGGAAUCCAUUUUUAACAACACUGCUGGUGAAGUGGUGAUUAACCAAGAUGGGAAGUGGCAAAUACUAGGGACCCCGACUGAGGAAGCUUUGUUGGACUUUGCAUUGUCAAUUGGGGGAGACUUUAAAGAAAAACGGCAGGAAACUAAGAUUGUUAAAGUGGAGCCUUUUAAUUCAACAAAAAAGAGGAUGAGCGUCAUUCUUGAGCUUCCUGGAGGAGGAUACCGUGCACAUUGUAAAGGUGCUUCAGAAGUAGUCUUGGCUGCUUGUGAUAAAUUCAUAGAUGCCAGAGGUAGUAUUAUUGCUCUCGAUAGAACAACUACGAACAAACUCAAUGACAUCAUUGAAACCUUUUCUAAUGAAGCACUGAGGACACUCUGCCUUGCUUAUCGGGAAAUGGAUGAUGGUUUUUCCAUUGAUGAACAAAUACCGCUACAAGGAUACACAUGCAUUGGUAUUGUUGGUAUCAAAGAUCCUGUGCGUCCAGGUGUCAGGCAGUCUGUGGCAACUUGCCAAUCUGCUGGCAUUGCGGUUCGGAUGGUUACAGGAGACAACAUAAAUACAGCCAAGGCAAUAGCUCGAGAAUGUGGUAUACUUACUGAGGAUGGUCUUGCCAUUGAAGGUGCUGAGUUCAGGGAGAAAAAUCCUAAAGAACUCCUUGAGUUGAUUCCAAAGAUGCAGGUACUAGCCCGAUCUUCACCACUUGAUAAGCAUAAACUUGUGAAACUGUUGCGUACCACGUUCAAUGAGGUUGUUGCCGUGACUGGUGAUGGCACAAACGACGCACCUGCACUGCGUGAGGCAGAUAUUGGACUAGCCAUGGGCAUUGCAGGGACUGAGGUGGCAAAAGAGAAUGCUGAUGUUGUAAUUCUGGAUGACAACUUCUCCACCAUCGUAACGGUUGCCAAAUGGGGACGCUCUGUUUAUGUCAACAUCCAAAAGUUUGUGCAGUUCCAGCUGACUGUUAACGUUGUCGCAGUGAUAGUUAAUUUCUCUUCUGCAUGCUUUACAGGAGAUGCUCCACUGACAGCUGUUCAGCUUCUUUGGAUCAACAUGAUCAUGGAUACCCUAGGAGCGCUUGCCCUUGCCACUGAACCACCUGAUGAUAACUUAAUGAAGAAAUCACCAGUUGGAAGGACAGGGAAAUUCAUCACAAAUGUGAUGUGGAGGAAUAUUUUGUUUCAGUCAUUAUUCCAAUUUGCGGUCAUGUGGUAUCUACAAACUCAAGGGAAAUACUUGUUUGGGCUUGAAGACCCUGACGCUGAUACUGUCCUAAAUACAGUCAUAUUCAACACUUUUGUCUUCUGCCAGGUUUUCAAUGAGAUAAGCUCGAGAGACAUGGAGGCGAUCAAUGUUCUCAAGGGCCUGCCGGAGAACUCCAUUUUUGUGGGCAUCCUCGCUGGCACCACCAUCUUCCAGUUCAUCCUUGUCCAGUUCCUAGGCGAUUUUGCCAAUACCACACCACUCACCCAGCUCCAGUGGCUUGUCAGCGUUCUCUUUGGAGUCCUUGGGAUGCCCAUCGCGGCUCUCAUCAAGCUGAUUCCCGUGGAACCUCAUGAAGAAGAUGUACAUCCAUCAUAGUCUUGUAGAUUUCACGAUACAGUUCAGUCUCAAUGAUCCGUGCUGGUAAGCUGAUCUGUGCCUCAAUGAUCUACUCCCCCAUGUCCUGUGACCCAUGGUUGGCAGCAAAUUGUGAAGAAACCGUUUGGUUUGGUGCAACAGAUUAUGCACGUGCCCUUCGGUUUUCCUCUAUCAGCAGCCAUUAGUCUAGUGGAAGAUGAAACUUAUUGAGUGAUUCUGGGACACAUACCAAAUGGUAUAUUGAUAUUUACAGUUAUUUUUCUAAGGAAUAGUGCCCAUUUGGUAUUAUGAAAAGUCAUCAAGUGGAGGUUACAAUUACACGGAAUACCGGAAUCUACAUAAGUUCUUAUGUGCCAAUUGUAAUUAGACUGUAUAUUGAAUAGAAUUAUGGAAUAACAGUUAUACCACACAGUUCAUACUAAUUUAUAUAAUUCCACCUGUCAAUGGCAAUGCUUUUCUAUCCAA